CGACAGCUAAUGGCUGACUCGGAGCUCUGAUUAGUUAACGUCAGAUACUGGUUCUGAUGUGGGUGUCUCUGACUGACAACUGACAUUGCACGUUAUCAUUGAGCGGUCAAAGGACUUUGGAGAGAGGGUUUUUGGCCUCUCCUCAUCAUGUCUAAGAGCAAGAGCUCUGAGUCAGUCAAGGUGGUCGUCCGAUGUCGGCCCAUGAACGAGAAGGAGCGGGCAGCCAAGUUUGAGAGGGUGGUGUCUGUUGAUGUCAAAUUGGGCCAAAUUAUUGUUAGAAACCCCAGGGAGGCAUCAGCCUACGAUCAUCCCAAAGUCUUCACCUUUGAUUCAGUCUAUGACUGGAACUCCAAACAAGAUGACCUCUAUGAUGAAACUUUCAGGCCCCUGGUAGAUUCAGUCCUGCUGGGGUUCAAUGGAACCAUCUUUGCCUAUGGACAGACAGGCACUGGGAAGACAUACACAAUGGAAGGGGUUAAAAAUGACCCAGAAAGGAGAGGGGUGAUCCCCAACUCCUUUGACCACAUCUUCACGCACAUUUCACGGUCCCAGAACCAGCAAUACCUUGUGAGAGCAUCAUAUCUGGAAAUCUAUCAAGAGGAGAUCAAAGACUUGCUCUCCAAGGACCAGUCGCGUCGCCUUGAGCUCAAGGAGAGACCUGAUACAGGCAUUUACGUCAAAGAUCUCUCGUCUUUCGUCACCAAGAGUGUGAGGGAGAUUGAGCACGUGAUGAAUGUGGGCAACCAGAACCGGUCAGUGGGUGCCACUAAUAUGAAUGAGCACAGCUCGCGUUCUCAUGCCAUCUUUGUCAUCACCAUCGAGUGCAGUGAGCUUGGUGUUGAUGGGGAGAACCACAUCAGAGUGGGCAAGCUUAACCUGGUAGAUUUGGCUGGGAGUGAGAGGCAGGCCAAGACCGGUGCUCAAGGGGAGAGACUAAAAGAGGCCACCAAAAUCAAUCUAUCACUCUCUGCCUUGGGGAAUGUCAUAUCAGCUCUAGUGGAUGGCAGGAGCACCCACAUCCCUUACCGAGAUUCUAAACUCACUCGCCUGCUACAGGACUCUCUCGGGGGCAAUGCCCGCACUGUCAUGGUGGCCAACAUCGGCCCAGCCUCCUACAAUGUGGAGGAGACACUGACUACGUUGCGCUACUCCAACAGAGCCAAGAACAUCAAGAACAAACCCCGCAUCAAUGAGGACCCCAAGGAUGCCUUGCUUAGGGAGUUUCAGGAGGAAAUUGCCAGACUGAAGGAACAGCUAGAAAAACGCUCUGGGAGGAAAAAGAGGAGGAGGCAGAGGAGGAGGGUUGUGGAAGGGGGCAGUGAGGACGACCUGGAGGAAGGAGAGACAGAAGACGAUGAUGAGGAAGGGGAGGACAAAGGGGACUAUUGGCGGGAGCAGCAGGAGAAGCUAGAGAGGGAGAGAGAGGCUAUCAUGGAGGACCACAGUCUGGUAGCAGAGGAGAAGCUUCGGCUGAUUAGAGAGAAGGAGAGGAAGAUGGAGGAUCUAAAGAGGGAGAGAGAGGCCGGAGAGAUGCUUACUGCAAAAGUCAAGGCGAUGGAGAGUAAACUCCUGGUGGGGGGAAAGAACAUCGUAGAUCACACCAAUGAACAGCAGAGAAUUUUGGAGCAGAAGAGACAAGAAAUUGCUGAGCAGAAACGGCGAGAGCGAGAGAUGCAGCAGCAGAUGGAGUGUCGCGACGAGGAGACCCUGGAGUUGAGGGAGACCUACAGCUCUCUGCAGCAGGAGGUUGACAUCAAAACCAAGAAGCUAAAAAAAUUGUUUGCCAAGCUGCAGGCAGUGAAGGCAGAGAUACAUGAUGCUCAGGAAGGGCACAUCAGGGAUCGUCAGGAGUUGGAGCAAACACAGAAUGAGCUCACCAGGGAUCUCAAACUCAAGCAUCUGAUCAUUGAGAACUUCAUCCCCCUGGAGGAGAAGAAUAAGGUGGCAAACAGGGCCUACUUUGACGAGGAUGAUGACCACUGGAAAAUGAAGCCCAUCACGCGUAUAGAGGAUGACCAUCAGAUGAUGACCAGGCCCGUGUCCGCGGUGGGCUACAGAAGACCUCUCAGUCAGCAUGCACGCAAAGCCAUGGUGAUGAGGCCUGACCUCCGAUACAAAGCAGAAAACAUCCUCGUGCUGCACUUGGACAUGCCGACUCGGACCACUAAGGAAUAUGAGGAACCAGUCAUCGCACCCAAGGUGGCCGCUGCGCUGGAGGACGCUCUUCGGGAUGAGGAUGAGAUCCAGGUGGACGCCUCGGGCUUCCACAGCAGCCUGGGACCCACUCUGCCGGCUGGUGCUGGAGGCAGCCUUAAAAAACCAAAGUCUGGCCGACCGAAAACGGGGAAGAAGUCCAGCACCCCCACUUCUCUGUUGAGUCCCUCCAGUCCAGGAUCCUCUUUCUACCCACAAUCCCGUGGCCUGGUGCCCAAGUGACAGCUCCCACCACCACUACUACUUCUAGCAACCGCCUCUGACGCACCUUUCCACUCUGGGACCCAGAAGGAGAGAGGACGGGUUGUCAGUCCUGGAGCGAGUUAGCACUACAUGUUCUGUGUGGUACCGUACGACAGUAACACAGAACCACAGUCCUGCAUGAAGCCCUGAUCCUCUCUUAACACUGAUGCUACGUCCCCUGCACCUGGCGUGGUGCCAAUACAGUCUUAAGGAUUUGUACGUCACAAUGUUCUUCAUGUACCAAGAAAAGUGGAGGCAGGUGUUGAACUGCCCUCGGUAAACUGUAGUACCCACAAUGCCCCUCUUCUCUCACGUCCUUCCACUUCUCUCCUCUGUGCUGGGGAUUGCAGUGCUGUCCUGUCAAAGUGUGGCGAGCGUGUAAAGGCAGCUGGACCAAGCUACACUCCUCCGUAACGGGCUGUGUGUUGUUCUUGGUGUUGCAUGUGUGGUUUUGUGGGUCUGGCCAUGUGUCUUUUGUGUGUAUAUGCACAUUUCAGUGACUUUCUUCAUGCUGAGUGAUUGACCUUUAGGUUUUCAACAUACUGCGCUGUUUUUUCCGUAGUUGGGAAUCCUGUAAACCUUAAAGAUGAGCUUUAAAGGUAGAGCGAGUAGGACCUGUCAGUUGCCGUCUGUAAACACAACAUCUGAAGUCGACCCCUCCUCCGCCGGCUCAGCGCCACCAGGAGUCAGUAACAGGUCACUGUCAUUCAUGUACCUAAAGUCGACCCCUCCUCCCCGGCUCAGCGCCACCAGCAGUCA